GGAUACCGAUACCGUUGGAGACGCAGGAAUGCUUUAUCGUUGUUGAUAAUCGCGUCGCCCGUGAGUGUCGCGAUAAAAUAAAGGACAUUUUUCGUUCUUACUCUCAACGCGACAGUUGAAUUAAAUCACGGAAACGAAAAUAGACUCCAGUUCAUCCUGCUGAACGGUCUUUCGUUCGCCGAGGCUUCGAAAUUCGAGAUAUCGACGAGAUAUUCGCCGCUGAUCGAGUCGCGAAAUCAAGGUUAUGCAUCGAAAUCGAGAGAAUAAAGAUGUCAAGAUACUCUUGCUAGCUAUUUGAUGUAAGCAAGAGUGACAAGAAGAGAGGAAAGGAGGGAGAUAUCUCACAGAUAAUACGUGAAAAGGCAUUAUGUUACGAUACAUAAUUUGACGGGCUCGGAAAAACUGAAGAGCUCCCAGCUGAUCAGAGAAACUAUAAGAAUAAUAUUCGAUUAGACUUAAAUGAAUGUUGAGUACACACACGUUGGAAAUAAUUGUUGAAACUUACUUCGUGUUAAGAUAGAUAUUAAGAUAGAUAUUGGGAGGAGAGAAUAAGCCUACAGAUAUCAAGUUAGAAAAUGUUGGCAAACAAUUCAACAGUGAAUAUAGGCAGAGGCAGCAAUAGUCUUCAAAAUCGAAACUCGCAGAGAUCCACUCUCUUGAAAGUGGUGAUUCUUGGAGAUGGUGGUGUUGGAAAAUCCUGCCUUAUGAAUAGAUUCGUGUCAAAUCAUUUCGACGAACAUAGUUUUCAUACCAUCGGAGUAGAGUUUCUGAACAAGGAUAUCGAGAUCAACGGCGAGGCAUAUACAUUGCAAAUAUGGGACACAGCUGGACAGGAGAGGUUCAAAACUCUCAGAACACCAUUUUACAGAGGCUCAGACAUUUGUCUGCUUACUUACGCGGUAGACGAUAAGACGAGUUUUAAAAAUCUCGCGCUAUGGAGAUCUGAAUUUCUUAAGUAUGCAGAUGUUCAGGAGGGUUCUACUUUUCCAUUUAUUGUUGUUGGCAAUAAGGUGGAUGUUCCUGAAUCCGAGAAACAAGUUUACAUGGAAGAAGCUCAAGCUUGGUGUUCAGAGAAUGGUAAUCCUCCGUUAGUUGAAACAUCAGCAAAAGACGCCACUAAUGUCGAGGCAGCUUUUGGGGCAGCGGUUGACGCAUGGGCGCGAUUGGAAGCUAGAUUAGAGCGGCCUUUAGUGGAAGACACUGUCGAUCUCUCUAAACAGCAGUCCCAGCAUCGUACGAGCUGCUGCAUGUCUAUUUCCGGCACUGAGUCUAACAAAGUAAUUUGAAGAGAAUCUCUUGCCUCUGUCUACAAUACUCUCUUCAUUAUAUGGUGAACUUUCUUUAUUGACACUGGAAUUGCAUCAGUUGUGCAUACAUGGGAUAUUAUGUUUAAAAUUUUUUACUUAGAAAACCAAUUAGGAUCUUCAAAGAAUAUAUGGACUGCAUAAGAUAUUAUUAGCAAUGAAUAUGCGAUUUUUUUAUUGGCUGGCUUAUAUUCUUUUUCUUAUGAAUCUUAAAAUACUCAUGCCACAAAAAUCGUAUAUAUGACAAAUAAUAUAUUGUGAUUAAUCUUUCCAGAAUACAACCUAAGAUAUAAGAUCAGAUUAAACGUCCUUAUUCUAUCAACGCUUUGUGCAGCUUUUAAGCUACUGACAGUAUUUUAAGUGUUUAAUACACUAUUGGCUUGUGAUAA